GGGAGUCUCUGCUAACUGAGCCGAUGAUUGGUUAUAAAUAGUACUAAAGUGAAGGCGUGUGUCUCGCGUAAGACUUACGUAACGACUGCACGCAUUGAGUGCAUGAUAUGCCUCUCUGUGCUCGUGGUCUGUGUCACCGCUUCUGGCAUUGCAUUGGACAGACAGACUGAGGUAGUGGUACUUCACAUCAUUACUCAAACAACACAUACAUAGCACUGACAGUACAGCUCUGACAACUUCUUAACCAGUCGUUCGUCUCCAGUCUGGCUCCACAUCCCUUAUCCUGACAUCAAUUUGUGAAACAAGAGUUGUCUCACAUUUUUGUUAAAACUCUUCACACUAUUUAUUAGUGAAACGUGUUUUUCACUGUCGAAAGUCAUUAUCAGAAGAAAUCAAUCGCAAGAAUGGGAUUCAAUAAGAAUAAGACACAUCUACCCGAAGACUCAUUGAAUUGUAGUCCAGAGCACAACAAUCUGAUUGUUGUCGACAAUAUGAUGAGCACCUGGAGUCCCAACAAAACAAAUAUCAAUUCAGAAAUGGAGCCGAAGUCAAGAUUUGGAAGAAUAGUGACAAAUAUAUUGAAGAUAAUAGCAUUGAUAAUACUGUUAUAUUUCUUCAUUUGUUCGCUUGACUUCUUGAGUUCCGCAUUUCGAUUGGUUGGAAGUCGAGCUGUUGGAAGAAUAAUAGCUGAUAGCGAACUACUGAAGAAUCCGGUGGUGGGGCUCAUGAUUGGAGUGUUGGUCACAGUUCUGGUACAGUCAUCGUCGACAUCGACAUCGAUUGUCGUAACAAUGGUUGGCUCCCAUUUAAUCAAAGUACGGAACGCCAUACCGAUUGUGAUGGGCGCCAACAUCGGCACCUCUGUUACCAAUACUAUUGUGUCACUCAUGCAGGCGACCGAUCGAAAUGAGUUCCGACUGGCCUUCGCCGCCGCAACCGUUCACGAUAUGUUCAAUUGGCUCACCGUUAUUGUCCUUUUACCACUUGAAGUGUCCACUCAUUACUUAGAAAUUAUUACCGAUAAUCUCAUUCAAGCCAAUUGGGAAAGAGAUACCAAUACCAACACUGAGUUCUUGGGCCGACUAACCAAACCGUUUACUAAACUGAUUAUUGAGCUCGAUAAGAAAGUUUUGGCGCAAAUCACGAGCGGUCACGAGUCAAGUAAUGUCACUCAAUCUCUCAUUAAAAAAGGCAAUUCCUUGUUUUAUAAAUUCAAUUUGAGUGAUACGAUCGCUGGUAUUGUAUUACUGGCCCUAUCGUUGGUCGUGUUAUGUGUUUGUCUAGUUUUGAUGGUUAAACUGCUUCACUCUAUGCUUAAAGGACAGAUAGCAGUCGUCAUAAAGAAGACAAUGAACAGAGAAUACCAGUUCCCAUAUUCAAUACUUGUUGACUAUUUGGCAAUACUUGUCGGAUGUAUUCUCACUAUUUUAGUCCAAAGUAGUUCAAUAUUUACAUCAGCUCUGACACCAUUGGCUGGCAUUGGAGUCAUAUCUCUGGAAAGGAUGUAUCCCUUGACUUUGGGAUCUAAUAUUGGCACCACUACUACAGGUCUAUUAGCAGCUCUGGCGGCCGAUUCAAGUAGUCUGAAAAGUACUCUUCAAUUGGCAUUUUGUCACUUAUUUUUCAACAUUUCUGGUAUUUUACUUUUCUAUCCGAUACCAUUCAUGCGAUGGCCAAUAGGGUUGGCCCGUAUGUUAGGCAACAUAACAGCCAAAUACCGAUGGUUUAGUGUCUUCUACUUAGUGAUGAUGUUCUUCUUGUUGCCGCUCACUGUGUUUGCUCUGUCAAUGACCGGCACGUGGACUCUCAUAAUCAUUGGUGGACCGGUUUUAUUGGUCUUCUUUAUAGCAAUUGUGAUAAACUUAAUUCAACGUAAGAAACCCAAUCUUUUGCCUCUAAAGUUGCAAAACUGGAAUUUCUUACCGCUUUGGAUGCAUUCAUUGGAACCAAUUGAUGAAGUGAUUGCCAAAUGUGUCGAAAGGUGCUCUUGUCUGGCCUGUUGUGUCGGUUCGCAGUCCAGACACGACGCUCCCGCUCUCGCAGCUCUUAAUCAAAACACCAAUCAAUCACAGCUUCAUAUUUUGGGUCAGAUAUCUAACUCUAAUAGUAGUACUCAACUCAAACACAUCUACGAAAAUGAUGGUUAUAUCUUGCACUGGGAGAGUGUCAGACUUAACCAACAAUUAAAUGAUAAAGAAGUUACUAAUCUUUGA